UGCAUCCUCGUCAACUGCACUCAGGCUAUCAGAGAGGGAGAAUUAAAGCCCGUGGAAAAAAGCAGAAUAUAUCACGGGACGAUAACAUACCCAGAUGGAAUGAUACACCGGGAGUCUAUGGAGCAAUCCUACACUGUGGGUAGUCAUGUAUUUCCAGAGCGACAACGGGACUGGAGCGAGGAUGUCUCUUAAUAUAAGACAACAAGGCUCAGCAUCUACAGCCUAAACGCCGAAAAUAUGAGCUCAGGGUGGAAUGGACCCGGCGGAAGACGGUGAAAUUUGUGACUGAGUCCCCUCUUCUGGAUGAGACCUUAUUGCCUAUUUUCACGUUUUUUCGAGCCCAACAAUUCGCUUGUUGCAUGAUACUGUCCCCGGCCUCUAUGCCGCUACUACUCGGCUACGGAGUUGGUCAGGACACGGACAGAUUCAGCAUACCUUUUAUACAAGUAUUGCUUUGCAGCGCUGUGGAAUAAUUUAAAAGCCCACGGGUGCUUGCGUUAUUAGUAAUUAAUCAUUAUCACGUAGCAUGUCAUGAACAUGCAAGCCUAAACUGUAGCUUUGUGCUCGGGUAUUUUCUGUUAUGCGUUAUUUCCAUAAUAACGUUAAUUUUAAAUAUAUGCCUAAAUUAAAAUCCUGGAUGAAACAAUGCUAAAAGCCACGGGAUAUCGCUCGUGUUAGACGCCUCAGGGUUAUACGGGCUAUCGAUACUCAACAAAAUGCAUGCAAACGGGGUAAAGCUCCGCUUGACACCUCUGUUGGAAUGAUAGUUGUUUCGUUCAGCUGCUUUGCCUGUAGAGACUUGCUAUGACAGGCCAGCGAGUACACAUAAAUCCGAGCGCAAGUUGAUGAACUAGACUGGUCGGCCUCCUCAGCGGGAUCAGACAGAAAUUAAGCUCUGCCGUCUCUCAGACAGCGGGAACUAGGAUCAUCUCCCGUCCUUGCGUUGGCAGAACACCACAGCCUGAAACGGAGCACUCCUCUUGGGUAUUUUGUCGGAGAGUACACAGAACUGGUUGUUGAGCAGGGAACAUUUCAUGCCAACGCGAACUGCUGAAGUUUAAAGAGCUUACUCCUUUAAAACUCUGCAUAAACACCUCUCGACAUCUGGGUUGUCUCUAGGUUAAACUGCAAAGUCCAUGUAAUUUAUUCAAGUGGAAAUCCUUUGACAGUUAUGCCUGUUACUGAAAUUCACUAAAUGUCACAAGUGGUGUGAUCUCGCAGAAAGCCUUUCCCAAAGGUUUGAAAGAUGAAGUUUUAAUUCAGUGUCAGAUAUGCAGAGGGGUGUUUUCCUGCUAAACCACCAGAGCAGCUGUUAGUUAGACUGGAUAUCUGAAAGAUGAGACUUGGAUAUUGGCAUACUUGUAGUGUGCCAACACCCUGCCCAGGAGCUGCAGUGCAUUCAGCUUCCUCAGUGUGCAUGUUCUAAACAACUCCGGGUAGACUGCAUAUUCUUUCAUCAAGACAUUCCAUCAAGAUCAAGUCGGUGCCAUCACUGAUGGCACGACAUCAGCUGUCUUCAUGGACCAUGCCACUAAUGUCAUCUCCUGGGAGGCACGAUUUUUUUAGGAUUCCACAACCAAUCAGAUACUUUGCAGUCUAUAUUUAGAUGGAUUUUGUUUUUGUUACCACUUUUUAAACCAACCACAACACACUGCAGUGGAGUACUGUCUGGCUGCAGAGAUGCUGAUUGACGGUGAACCCAAUUACUUGUGCACACACCUCUUUCUGUUCUGCCUAAUCUUAUGAGCAUGUGCAAAGGAAAGAGGAAGCAGGCAUGAGAUUGACAGCACAGACAGGGGAGAUGUGUCGGGAGCAAUGCAGGAGGAAUUAUGAGUGGCACUAUUCAAAACAUGGUACGGAGUGUUAACAUAGAGACUUCUAAGUCUAUAAGGGAGAGAAUUGUAAGCUUCUGCUGAGAGAGAAAUGUAUUUUUCCGUUUCUGAGACCUACUGCUGAACUGGAAUCAGUGCUUGGGGCAUCCAAUUAUAGUUUGGAUUGAGUACUACUUCUCCCACUCACUGUGGGAAAUCCACCUGAGUCUGCAGACUUAGCCACCUGCGAAUUACACUUAUUUUUGAAUAGCUUCACCUUUGAUUUCCUUGUUGUUGCUUUUUUAUUAGAUUUUUUUUUUGUUCAAGCAUCCUCAAAGUUUUGCAGAAGAAAAUUCAUCCCUUUUGAAAUAGAAGGUUCUCAGCAGCAGACUGAAAAUACAAACACAUGUUAAGGGUUACUUUUGUGCUCCAGAAAUCCUCCUAGCUUGCUCACCAAAAUAUGUGUCUGUGAUUGAACACAACUGUGGACCCUUUGUCAGCUUUUUAAGACACAAAGCAAAAACCAAGUCGUCCUAUUAGAGUACAUUCAAAGACUAAUUUCCUAUCGCUGUGGUGAUGGGGAGCUCGGCCUCAUCUCUCACUGCGGAGACAGAGUCGGACCAUGGCUUUCGAAGUACUCCCUACCCCUCAUCACCUCCGAUGGGUUGGCUCAGGAACAGCCACAGUAGUCCGGUGUGGGGCACAACCUUCAUCACACGCCAGCAGCAGCACCCGCUGCCUCACCGAGAGCGGAGCCACUCUCACUCUCCUGGCUCCAUGGCAGCAGCAGUGCGAGGCAGUGAGUGGUCAUGUGGCCGUUGUACCUUCUUAAAUGCCGGUGCAGCACCUCGCUGUUCCAUCUGUGAGGCGCCACGCCAGAAGCCUGACCUCAACCAGAUCCUGCGGCUGAGCAGCACUGAGGAGCAGCGCUGGGCCUGUCCCCGGUGCACCCUCAACAACCCCCAGGGCUCUGGAGCCUGCUCUGUCUGUGGCUUUGGACCAUCCCCUGCCACUCCCACAGCCCCUACCACCACCAUAGCUGCCACUGCCAACGGCUUGCUGCCCCCUCCUACUGAACCUCCAACACCCACUGUCACCCCCACUGUGCUCCUGGAGCCCCGUGGGCAGCACCCACCCAAGGAGGAAGUACUGCGACGGUCAGAAAGCAAUGGAGAGGUGGGCGGUCCAGAGGGACAGCUCUCUGGCUGGGCAUGCCCUCGCUGCACACUCCACAACACACCUGUGGCACUGUCCUGCUCAGCCUGUGGGGGGCCCAGGAAACUGUCUCUGCCUAAAAUCCCUCCAGAGGCACUGGUGGUGCCCGAAGUACGCACGCCUGUGUUGGGGUUUCCUGUGCACACAGCAGGGGCAGCCCCACUCCUUAUUGAUCUAACGGACGACUCCCCGCCUGCCCCUCCCUGUGAGCCCCCAGAACCUCCCCAUGUUCCCUCACAGUCCCUCUCCUCCCCCUUUACCUCUUUCUCAUCCCUCCAGAACAACCCUGUGCCACGCAGCAGGAGAGAGGUGCCCCCUCCAGGGCGCCCACCAAACUCGGGAACCAACGCCCCCAGCCCUACUUCCCCUUCAACAGCCAGUGUCCCACCCCAGCCCGGGCCACAGCGGCCAGCCAAGCCCAAACAUGCCCAACCCCAAGAGCCUUCCUACCCGAGUAAACGCCUUAGUAUCUUAGAGGAGGAGGACCCUCACUCCCACCCACCACCCCCUCACCUCUCUAUUACUUCCUCCGCAGCCCCCACCUGGAAGUGCCCUAGCUGCUCAAAGCCCAACCCAGGAACCUUGUCCAAGUGCGAGGCUUGCCGGUCAUCACGGGCAGGCGCUGACCUCAUUGACCUGGUAGGCUGUGAAGCGGUGCGCUUUACCCCGGCCAGUCCCUCUAGCCCGGACUUCAGCACCUGGGCUUGCUCCAAGUGCACCCUGCGCAACCCCACAGGGGCACCCAAGUGCUCAGCCUGUGGUUCCUCCAAACUGCAUGGCUUCCAGGAGCAGCAGGUGCCACUGCCCCACUGCUGCCCACACUGUGGCCUCCCCUUGGGGCCUGGCACUGCACCAUGCUCCUGUACCUCUUCUUCUUUAUCCUCCUCGGGUCAUAAAACACGGAAACAGGCCCGGGUCUUCCCUUCGUCUUCUUCAGCUACUACUACUUCCACGUCCUCCUCCUCUUCCUCCUCCACCUCAUCUAGCCUUCAGGAGAAGGUGGGUCAAUGGGGUUGCCCAGCAUGUACACUGCUCAAUGACGUCAAGGCCAAGAACUGUGCAGCGUGCCACACACCCCAGCAGUACCUCACACUUCGCAAGGUGGUCAAGCCUCUGAAGAGGAGGGAGAGCAUGCAUGUGGAGGCCCGUCGGCGAAAUGACGAGGGUGAGGCCAAGGAACUCUGGGAGAACAUUGUGAGCUUCUGCCGAGAGAACGUGGUGAACUUUGUGGACGACAGUUUUCCCCCUGGGCCACGCUCCGUGGGUUUCCCCGAGGGUGACAGCGUGCAGCAGCGGAUCAAAAAGUGGCUCCGCCCCCAUGAGAUCAACUGCAGUAACUUCAAAGAUCGGGGUGUCAAGUGGUCGGUCUUCCGCACGCCACGGCCCUCUGACAUCCUGCAAGGCCUUCUGGGGAACUGCUGGUUCCUCAGUGCACUAGCAGUCCUAGCAGAGCGGCCUGAGCUGGUAGAGAGGGUGAUGAUUACCAGGACCAUCUGCCCGGAGGGAGCCUAUCAGGUUCGCUUAUGUAAAGAUGGGACCUGGACCACAGUGCUGGUGGAUGACAUGUUGCCAUGCGACGACUACGGCUACCUGCUCUUUUCCCAGGCCCAGAGGAAGCAGUUGUGGGUGGCAUUGAUUGAGAAGGCCUUGGCCAAGCUCCAUGGCUCCUACUUUGCCCUGCAGGCAGGGCGCGCCAUCGAGGGCUUGGCCACACUGACGGGGGCUCCCUGCGACUCCCUGAUGCUCCAGGUCAGCUCUACCAACCCACGGGAGGAGCCCAUCGACACCGAUCUCAUCUGGGCCAAGAUGCUCAGCUCCAAAGAGGCUGGGUUUCUCAUGGGUGCAUCGUGUGGAGGCGGCAACAUGAAGGUGGACGAUGUUGUUUACGAGUCUCUGGGUCUCCGGCCACGCCACGCGUAUUCCAUCUUGGAUGUACGAGAUGUACAGGGCUACAGGUUGUUGCGGCUGCGUAACCCAUGGGGUCGCUUCUCGUGGAACGGCAGCUGGUCGGACGAGUGGGCUGACUGGCCGCAGCACCUACGUCACGAGCUGAUGGCCCAUGGGAGCAGUGAGGGCGUCUUCUGGAUGGAAUAUACUGAUUUCAUUAAGUACUUUGACUCGGUAGACAUCUGUAAGAUCCACUCAGACUGGCAAGAGGUGAGGCUACAGGGCUGCUUCCCCAGCAAGGCCAGCGGGCCAGUCACUGUCACAGCACUCACUGUACUGGAGAGGACAGCGCUGGAGUUCGCUCUGUUCCAGGAGGGAAGCAGGCGUUCGGACACAGCCGACAGCCACCUGUUAGACCUGUGCAUCAUGGUGUUUCGCGCCUCCUUCGGCAGCGCCAACAAGCUGACACUGGGCCGCCUGUUAGCCCACAGCAAGCGGGCAGUAAAGAAGUUUGUUGGCUGCGACGUAAUGCUGGAGCCUGGAGAGUACGCCGUCGUCUGCUGCGCCUUCAACCACUGGCAGAUGAACGUCAGCGGGACAGGAGGGCCGCCCACACCCAUCUCAAGCCCUACCAGUGGUGCAGCACGGCGGCCAAGCCAGGACUUCCCCGGCUACAUCCUGGCCAUCUACAGCUCCCGCCAGGUGAUGGUGGAGCAGGUGGAGGCCACAGCCACCACGCUGGCCGAUGCCAUCAUCCUCCUGACCGAAAACAAAGGCGAGAGGCACGAGGGCCGUGAGGGCAUGACAUGCUACUACCUGACCCACGGCUGGGCGGGGCUCAUCGUCGUGGUGGAGAACCGCCAUCCCAAGUACUACCUCCACGUCUCCUGCGACUGCACUGACAGCUUCAACGUGGUGUCCACACGCGGCAGCCUCAAGACCAUAGACAGUGUGCCCCCACUCCACAGGCAGGUGUUGGUGGUGCUGUCCCAGCUGGAGGGAAAUGCCGGCUUCUCCAUCACCCACCGCCUGGCUCACCGAAAAGCUGCCCAGGCCUCGCUGGGCGACUGGACCCCCACCAAGGCCACCCACAGCCCCCAGCUCACCCCGGACAUCGAUGGCCUACACCGGCCCAGGCCACUAUGACCACCGCCUUCAUCUCACACAUACGCACAAACUCUAAUAGAAUAAAAUAUGGGGCCAGUGGGAAACAAGAAGCAGGGGCCGGCAGUGUGCAGCCCUGAAAUAUGGAGUGAGAUGUGUGCUUGCGUGUGUGCAUGUGUGUGUGUUUGGAUGAACACACACCUGAAUGUAGAGCAUGAAUGGGCAGAAUUGAUUUGCUCCCCUCCUCUUCCUCCAUCGCUGAAUGCUUCGCAGGCUUCAUCCAGCCCGAGCAUGCCCUGUUCCUUGCCAAGUGGAUGUGCCAUUUAGGGAUUGGAUGAGGGAAGCAGGCCACAUGGCUUGAUCAGGACUUGAAAAAAAUAAAUAAAUUCUUUCACCCAGACCCCCUUACUCCAGUCAUUUGAAGAGGCUUCAGUCCAAACAUUAUGGAAUACUGGAUGUUUUUCCCCAUGUUGACCCUCCUUAAUGCGAGCGCUGUAUGUGGAACGGACACACACUCGGACGUCGACCCAGAGAUUCUCUCUCUCUCCCAUGUUUGGAGACCCUGAGCUUUUCACAGCUCAGGGUGGAGUGCUGUAACUACUGAGCCAAUUUGCCGGCCCACACACCCUUUGAGCCAAUCCCCUGCCUCGAUUAGACACUUGACCCCGCCCUCCCUGCUGCCCUCAAGGCCUGCCCCUCAACCCCUCUAGUAGCUGCACCUGAUCGGAGCUGUUGACUGCUGGUGGACAGCCGACAAAGUCAGAGACAUUAUUAAAGUUUAACCAACCCAGCCCUCAGUAUGGUACUUAAUGAGCCAAACCCAACUUUUACUCACAGUCAUAAUGUUUUUUUUUUUUUUUUUUUUUUUUUUUUUUUUUUUUUACUUAAACAAUACACUUAACAUUUUGUCAGAACUGAUCUUGUUUUUUACACACAUAUUUGUUCAUAUUUGCUGUCCAUAUUUGUACAUGAUCAAGGUCAUACAUCCAUAAGCCAUCAUCUGCACGGUACUGUCUGUCUGUCUCGGUUGUCUCCACUUCUCAUCAUCACCAUGGUGCUGUCUAGCUCUCUCUCAAGCUCAGGACCAAACCCAUGCUCUUGAUUUAUACAGCAAGCUGGACUGAAGAAAGCCUCCAGUUGAUGUUUUGACAGUUGUACGGUGCCUGUAUAGCAAAGUGUGGUGUGAGAGACAGUAGCUGGGAUAUCAUCUUCUUGUAUCUCUCUUGUUUCACCUACGUGUUCUGCUUACUAGCCAGGCUGUGGUGUGGGAGGUGCCAAGUCUGGUUGUCCUGUACAGAGCAGUUGUAGUCUCAACUGGUGAAAGGGGAGUUUGUCUUGUGAAAUGCCCACAUAGCUGCCCACCUUAGUAUUUUCACAAACUUACUUUUAGCUUUUUUUUUAUACAGGAAAAACAACCUCUGUACCUCCCUGUCUCUUUUUCUUCUCUCCCUCUCACUGUCACUCAUUUUCACUCAGUCCCCUUUUGGGGCCGACACGCUGGAGGCAAGUUGUUAUUUGACAAACUUUGUAGUUUACCUCUCAGGCAGACUAGCUUUUUUCAUGCUGUCCAAGAGUGUCAGUUCAUAUCUUAGCACAUAAAUUCAUGCUUAGGGAGCAACUCUCCUACACAGAGUCACUUAACGCUGCAUCCCUCAACCUUGGAUUGUGCAGUGGCUCCCUUGAAUUUGUCUGUAAAUAGACAUCAGCAUAGACAAAAUAAAACAGAACUCUUGGGUACUGUUAAUUCUGUUGUUAAGGUCAAUGGAUAUUUUUCGACUUCUCACGUACUUUAACAAACAAGUUUGCCAGCAUGUCAACUGAGCCUUCACUUUAGACUACUUAGGGAAUGCUGGAGGAGGCACUGGCUGUUUGAACAGUGAGUUUGCCGUAGGGGAGCUCUUAAGAGGAGCUGCCGAGUUUGUUUUGGGAGGUGGGGGAGCGUUUUUGUUUGUUUGGGCGCAUCACAAGCAUCUGGACCGUCCUCCCACAAGGAUACGCCAACAGCACAUUAGAG